AAAAAAUACAAUCAUCAGCAUAUGAUAAAAAUGAAGAUGGUUUCAUUAAUAAUCCUUGUCAUCAGCUUCUUUUCUCUGAGUGUGAGCACUUAUGCAAACUUCAACAAUGGAGUUGAUAUAACUUGGGGUGGUGGAAGGGGAAAAAUAGAAGAAGGUGGUGAACUUCUCACCCUCUCAUUGGACAAGACUUCUGGUUCUGGUUUCCAGUCCAAGUAUGAAUAUCUCUUUGGCAGGAUUGACAUGAAGAUCAAGCUUGUUCCUGGGAACUCUGCUGGCACUGUAACUGCAUACUAUUUAUCAUCACUGGGAGCAACACAUGAUGAGAUAGAUUUUGAGUUUUUGGGGAACGUGAGUGGAGAACCAUACACACUGCAUACAAAUGUUUUCAGUCAGGGAAAAGGGAACAGAGAACAGCAGUUUUAUCUUUGGUUUGAUCCAAGAUUGGAUUUCCACACUUACACUGUUGUUUGGAACCCACAGGAAAUCCUGUUUUAUGUGGAUGGGACACCAAUAAGAGUUUUCAAGAAUAAUGAAGUCCAUGGGAUUCCAUACCCAAAGGCCCAGCCCAUGAAGCUUUACUCAAGCCUUUGGGCUGCUGAAGACUGGGCCACACGUGGCGGCCUCGUAAAGACCGAUUGGUCCAAGGCCCCAUUCGUAGCCGCUUAUCGCGGCUUCAGCGCCGACGCGUGCAUCGCCUCCGCGGGACACUCUACCUGCUCCUCCUCCCCACCUAAAUCCUCUUGGUGGACCCAAUCACUUGACCCCGCUGGGGCCCAGAAACUCAAGUGGGUACACGAUAAGUACAUGAUCUAUGACUACUGCAAGGACAACAGACGCGCACCACCUCCUGAAUGCUUCCUUUGAGUAUUUAUUAUUCUUAAACUAUUAAUUAAACAACCCUGAAUUAUUAUUAUGAUUUUAAUUGUGUGUGUGUGUGUGUGUGUGUUUCAUGAAAUUUAAAUGUAAUAAACAAAGUGAAGAGUCAUGAAUUUGAUGAAUGUAAUCAAAGUGAGGGGUGUGUGUAUCUAUUUUA